GUGGGGGAGUCAGCAAACCCCACUUCUUUUUUGUAAAAAAAAAAGAAGAGAAUUUUAGAUAAAAUUUGUAUAACUUUUUUAUUGACCCCAUUAAAAAAAUAAAUUUGAUCUCAAAAAAAUAAUUACAAAACAUUAAAGACAAAAUUUAAUUACAACUUAUAUGUUUUUAUUUUUAAAUCUUUGGAUUUAUAUUAGUUUUAAUCUUAUUUUUCUAUAAUUACAAAACUUUAGUAAAUCACUAAACAUAUUUUGUAAUUUUAAACAUUGUUAAUGUUAGUUUAAUAUAGAAACAUUAAAAAUAAACAAACUUAAAAAAAAAGUUUUAAGGUAUAAGUGAGUGUCGAAUAUAUUUGUAGUUUUAUUUGGAGUAAUACAUUUGUAGUUUUUGGUCGUUUAUACGUUAUGCUUUUGAUUUUUUUUUUGACCCCAGUACAAAAUUUUUUUGGCUCCGCCAUCGCAUGUACGUUUAAUUUUCUUAGAGAUCAUCGAGCUGAGUUCGAACUUUUCUUCGAUACCUCUCAUUAAAACUAAACCAGAAAACCAGUGUGUCCGAUAUCUGGUUAACAUCAAACCAAUACACACCUGGAACUGAAUCACCAAAAGUAGCGCUAAACCUAAAUUCUAACGUCCCAACUUUAUAGGGAUAUAUGAUUUUUAUAAAUCUUUCUUUUUUUUAACAAGAUUUUUAUAAAUCUUUCUUAUAUUCGUAAAAGGACUUUGUAUAUAUAUAUAUAAAUAAAAGUUUGUAUCCUUAUUUGCAAACAUAGGGGAUUGAAAAAGAAGAUGAAUAGCGUUGAAGCACAAGAAAGAUCUGCAGAAUUUCUAGACAUGGCCAGAUCUUUGUUUUGGUUUGAGCGUUUGCUUCUCUCCGUGAUGCUUCUCUUCUCCUCCAAUGGAGUCUCAUUAUUUAUCGGUCCUCUCCUUUUCUCCACUACCUUUUGCGCAUUACUCUUACACUGGUUAUGCCGUAAAAACUCUUCUGCAGACCGCUCUGGUGUUACUACUAGCCGAAUCUGGCUGUUUCUGUCCGACCGGUUCGUGUUUCUGGCGGCUCUAGGCGAUUAUAAGGCCGUCUGGCUUUUCCGUCUCACCGUUAUUAUCGCCGUCGCGGUUCACUAUGUUUACAUCAUCCAGUACCUUGAUAUAUCUUAUAAAACCCAUCUCGCCGAACUGAGAUGGAUUGAUGAUGACUCUAGUGAGGAAGGAGAUGUGAGCAAGGAACUGGAAAAGACGAGGGAGUUAUUAGAAGAUUUGAAAGAGCAUGGAAAGAAGAUCGAUACAGAAAUGGAGUUUAUAGACCACCUUAUCAAUCCAGAUCUUGAAACACAUAGAAGAAACUUGUCCGUAAAACUCUUAGAGUUACGUAAAGAGAUGAGAGAUGUUGGAGGAAAGAUAAGAACAUAUAAGGAGUUGAUGAGCAUUUUUGUCAACUCAGAACUUAUUUUAAGAUCUAAGGUCGAAGAGGAUAUAAAAGCUUCGAGAGAAGUUGCAUCUCUAGCCGACCAAGUUCAUGAAGCCUACUUUGUGAUCCAAGAAACUGCCAAAGCGGCGAAAACAACAUCUGACAGAGCUUAUCUAACCUACUUAUGUGCGCAAGAAAUCUCUGCACAAAUUCAAAACAAGAGAUGGAUGAUAAGAUUAGAUAUUGAGGGGUUGCCAGUGCUUAGAGAGGAAGUGAGGCGAAUGUCGUUGCAAUUUGCUGCUAGAAGAAUGGAGGCGAAGGUUGCUGCCGACAGAGCCGCCGAGGAGCUUUCAAAUGCAAGGGUGAAGCUGAUGGAGACGGUCGGGAUCCAACAGUGGGAGGAGUACAAAAUCAACUAAGUCUUGCAUUAUAUUUAAGUGAUAAGUAAUAUUUCUCUUUAUUAUGUUACCAGAGGAAUUCCAUUUUCAACCGGUGUUGGGUCAUAGUUUAGCGGAGGGUUUUGGGUUUUUACCAAAUUUAUCAAGUUUUUAAUUAAUGAGUUUUCAUUAACUCCGAACCAAAUUAUAUACAGUACUGC